CAUCAUUUAAACAAUUGGUUUUAUUAAUACUUUUCCUUGAUAUUUAGUGGCAUUCGCAAAAAAUGGCUGAUAAGCGAAAAUAUAAAAAAUCAAAAGAGGAGAUAGCGCGAGAGUUCGACCUGCCAGAAAGAAAGUCUAAAAUUGCAACUAUAAUGAAGCAGGAUGGUCAGGCAUAUUGCAUUUGCAGAACUUCUGAUUGUUCUCGCUUCAUGAUCGGUUGUGAUGGCUGUGAAGAAUGGUAUCACGGUGACUGCAUCAAUAUCACUGAGAAGGAGGCAAAACACAUAAGGCACUAUUAUUGCCAGCGAUGCAAAGAAGAAGAUCCUAGUUUACAAACUGUGUUCCGAGUUGUACCAAUCGAAAAGACUGCAGCGCCAAGCGCCGCUACUAAUAUCACUGACAAUGAUAAACGUAAAAAAGCAAAGGAACAAGGAAAUCUGCGUGAGGCCAAUAUUGGCGCGAUAACUUCAGGCGGAAGUAAACAAUCACAAAGUCGUUGUGGUAAUUGUGAAGGUUGCCGCGCUCUAAACUGUGGAAUAUGUGAAUCAUGUCGCAUACGAGUGGGCGGACAUAAGCCACGUUGUGAGAUGCGUGUGUGUCAAGCUCCGUCAACAACAACAACAACUCAACAGCAGCAAUUGCAACCACCUACGCAACAGCUAAAUGCAGUACCAGUGCCCACUCGACAUAAACGUAAGGAAAAACAACCGAAAGAACGUUCACGGAAACGGAAGCGCUCACUAAGUCCGGAAGUAUUUAUCAAUCCGGAUUUAGAAGGCGUGCGACAAUGUUAUGGACCUCGUUGCAGAAACAAUGCAAGACCACAGUCCAAGUACUGCAGCGAUGUGUGUGGCAUUAAUUUGGCGACCAAUCGUAUUUUUCAGGUGCUGCCACAACGUGUGCAAGAAUGGAAUCUAUCCAAUUGUCGGGCAGAGGAAGAAAACAAAAAACAACUUGAUCAGAUAAGAUCUAAACAGGCGGUGGUUCGUUUCGCAUUAGCCGAACUCGAUAAGCGACACAUGGAGCUGGAUAUGAUUGUUGACCGUGCCAAGCAUAGUACGCUAGAUACAAAUCGUACACAAGACAAUAAUGACAUCGAAGAUGAGCAAUCGAUGUAUUGCAUUACCUGCGGUCACGAAAUACACUCGCGCACCGCCAUCAAACAUAUGGAGAAAUGUUUUAACAAAUAUGAAUCACAAGCAUCAUUCGGUAGCAUUUUCAAGACGCGCAUUGAAGGCAAUUCAAUGUUCUGUGACUUCUAUAAUCCUGCUAGUAAAACUUACUGUAAACGUUUGCGCGUGCUCUGCCCCGAGCACUGUAAAGACCCAAAAAUUAGUGAGACUGAUGUCUGCGGUUGUCCGCUAGUGGCAAACGUUUUCAAGCCAACAGGUGAAUUUUGUCGUGCACCUAAAAAGAGCUGCUUCAAGCACUAUGUUUGGGAAAAGAUACGUCGCGCCGAAAUCGAUUUAGAACGAGUACGUCAGUGGCUGAAAAUGGAUGAACUUUUGGAACAAGAACGUCACAUACGACAUCUUAUGGCUUCACGUGCUGGUGUUUUAGGGCUCAUGCUACAUUCAACUUACAAUCACGAUGUAAUGGAGGAACUUUGUAGGCAACAAUAUUUCAGUAAUACUGGCUCGACAACGGGAGAGGUUGCUAGUCAUAGUUAAGCUUAUUUGUUAGAAAAAAAAAAAAAAACGAAGUAAAAUUAUGCAAAACGAGUGUAUAAUUUUGUAAAAUUAUGAAGCCACAGUUAGUCAAACAAGCUAAUCAUUGUUUGUAGCACUCCUAUCUAUUAAGUUAAUUCUCUAAAAAAAAAUAUUUUAAAAUGAACGUACUGAUUCAAUGGUUUAAUAUCUUAUUUUAAUUCUAAAAAAUAUGUAUACAUAUGUACAAAUGUGCUUUGUAAAAAAGUUAAUUACGAUCUAGACUAAGCAACAGCAAUUAAAGCACUACCAUUUAUAAUUCUA